AUGGCGACGCCCCUCACAACCACCUUCCUCGACCACCUUCGCCGCCUAACAACCACCCACCUCUCCCCCUACAUCCAAAACCCUUCCCUCCCCCUCCUCCGCCCGCUCUACCUCUUCCUCCGCGCCCCCAACCCCACCACCCUCACCCUCCUCCUCACCGUCCCCAGCACUAACCACACGCCCCCCCUCCCCCUCCCACUCACCCUCCUCCUCUCCACUCUCUUCCUCGGCCCCGCCCUCGUCCUCCACGCCUCCUUCCACGACGCUCCCUCGCCCCCCGCCAUCCACCUCCUCGUCACGCUCGCUCCGCCCACCGCCGCAUUCGCCAGCCUCGCCCUCUUCGUCCGCCCGUGGUACGCCGUCUUCACCACCCUGCCCUUCGCCGUCUUUAAUCUCGUGUUCACCGCCUACCGCACCGUCUACCUCACCCCCGUCACCACCUUCCUGUCCAGUCGCACCGCCGACAUACUAGUUGAAUCAUGGGACCGCGCCGUCGUGGUGGCGUUGCUAGGGCAGGACGCAUUGCUGCUGCUCGUGCGGGGAUGGCAGAAGGCGGGCCCGUCGCUGGCGGUGGUGUACGGAUGCGUGAUCGCCGGGAUGGUGUUGGAGAGUGUUGCGCGGCAGAGGUGGCAGGCGUGUCCGCCGGGGGCGGCGGAGAUGGUCUGGCGCGCGUUGGCGAAUGCGUACGCGGUGGCGCUGGUGGUGGUCGAGGCGGUGGCGGUGUUGUGGUGGUGGAGGGCGAGUGGUGGUGGAUGUCCGUCGGUUCCGCGUUGGGUGCGGAGGUUGCUUUUGAAGGGUCGUUGGCGCUUUGAGUUCUCGAGCGGUUUCUGCGCGAGUGGUUGGUAG